AUGCCUUCUUUGAAACUGUUUAGGCGGACUUGGAAGUAUGCCGAAGAUGAUUUUGUGUCUUCCAGUCUUGUGCAGUCAAUUAUUCGUAUCGCCUUGUGAGUAAUUAUUUAACUAAUUAACGAUUUCAAAGGGUCCUUGCAGCAGGUAUUACUUACUUCGAUGGGGAAAAUGCCCCAGUAUCGAACGAAAAAGUUAAUUUUUCUUAAUGAUUUCACCCUUCCUUACUUUAGGUAACAAUUAUUGUGAGCGUGGCGAUGGCGUUUUGUAUACUUGAGAUUAUUCUAUUUCUCACCAUGGCGGGUAUAAGUGCUCAGGGCGGCGUGUUGGAAGUUAGAAAGCGUCGUCCGCUUCCGUUCUUUAUUGCCGCGCAUUUAAUUGCAUUGCCAAUCGAAUUAAUUUUAUACUGUUUGUCGAUAUGGGCGACGGUUGAAUAUGAUAAAGCUCAAGUAAGUAUACUUUCUACAGAAAAAAUAUAGUUUUUCUGUAGAAAGGGUCUCAUUUAAAAUGAAUCUGUUUUUAUAAAAGUAAUUGCUACGCAUACAUUUCGGAAAAUUAAUGCGCCUUAUUUACGAGGAAAUAAUUGUCCUAUCCCUCUCCAGAUUUUAAGGUGUUUUAAAAGUGCUGUUUAUCCUCUCGGGCUAGGCAGAAAACUCGUUUUUUGAUAUGCAGUCUUGUGCACCCCAAUAAACUAGUCUAAUAUUCGUUGUCUUGACUUUUAGAAAACCUACCUGUUUUUUUAAAAUAUAUUAUAUGCUUCAUAACACGAAAAAAUAGUUGGGAGGACAACGGAAGCGGUAUUUUUGGGUGAGCUCGCGUCAAACGGAAAUUAUAUAAUAUGAUUUAUGAAAAAUACCAAGAAAUAAGCGCGGCAGUACCAAGUGCCGUAUUUUGCUUAUCUAAGUUUCAUCAAAGUUUACAAAAUGUCAAGUAGAAAAUUGAGUUCGAAUAAUCUUCUGAAGUGGCGAUCGACAGAAUGUUUUGUGAUUAGUGGCAGCCGAGCUUCUAAUGGGUUUAUUAAUUCGAAGUCCCUUCAGGGGACAUUUCCGCAAAAACGUCAGUGUAUGCAGCUGUCUCAUAAUUUACACUAAAGAUAAAAACGUGCAUACGACCAAAAGAUGAAAUAUGCUGUCGCUGGUGGGUUGCACGAUCAUUGUAAGUAUUAAGUAAGAUUACGCGUAAUCGCGAUGCAAUUUUACUGGUUUUAGAACUAAUCCAACAAACGUAGAAAGCUAACGAGGUUUAACGGUGACAUUAGUUUUAAUCUUGUCUGUUUGUAGUCGUGUUUCUGAUGCCUACCGUGUAUGGUAAAGUAAGCUAGAAUGUUUCCUUUGAGGUAACAUAUCUGAUGCAGAUAGAUCUGAUGCUUUUUUUACACUAAAUUACUGCGGACACAUCGAGAGUCUUAUUAUCUCUUUUUGUAAUACAGUGAGAAACAUGCAAUUUCCAAUCCCCUUGAAGAAGAAAGUAUGAAAUAUUUCAACCAAAAUGUGCUUCUUUUCUUCUCUUUAGCCCUCCGCCAAACCUAACUCCGUUGGGGUCAUUUGCUGGUGCUCAAUACUAAUGUUUAUAAUCUUCUUCGAAGUAAUUGACUGGAUCAGGCAUUUUGACAAAAACGGGUCACUGAAAUACAAAUUUUAUCAGACAUUUGUCUAUGGAAAAAAUGAGGAUUUGCCAGAGGAAAAGAAGAAAGUGCUUGUUGAAAAGUUUUGGAAGUUAUCAAAGUCCAAAUGGACAAAGUUCGUUCGGCGAAGAAUAACAGACUUUAAGCCUACAGAUCAUGAUGGGAAAGAAGAAGCUGUUAACGAAGUGGCGCUGACGUUGGCAGAUGUUUUCAUGGUACGCGUAUGCGAGCUAAUGUUUAUAGGAUAUCUUAGGAAAACGACCGUAAUUUUCCUUUUUAAAUAGUUUUUGCUCAGAGACAGCCUUUUUUCAAAAAAUGCACAUAAAAUAAGCAGCUAUCUCACUUGAAUGUCUAGUAAAAAGUAUCCGUUAUUCUGAAUAAUAUAGUCAGCUUUGGACGUUUGCUAUAACUGUGCUUACCUUGUUUGCAUUCGUAUAUGUAAGCUCUUUAAUGAGCCUUAACUUUUGACUGUCUUAAUAAGCUGUCCUCUGCUUUACGCGUUUGUACACUGAACGUUUCCUCUCUCUCUGCAAGAAUUUAGAUUUAACGUCUACGGAUGCGCUGUUGGGCUUAACCCUUCUUCGUUGGCAGACUACAGAAUGGGUUGGUGGAAAAACGGAACUAGAUCCGGAAAUUCUCUUACACACAACAGACCCGGCGACCAUGGAUGUCGCAGAAAAGGUAUUAUCCAAAUUUGCUUAAGUGAGCAGUAACAGUCAAGCACUUCGUCAAAGGAGAAUAUCUGUAGUACCAUUUUAACAGUUAUUUCUAGUUUUUUCCUAAAACUACUGCUGCAAUGUUUCAUGUUUAAUUGUACGCAUUCUGUAAUCGAACCCUUCGGUUAGCUCAAGCAAAUCGAAAAUUGUUACCUUUUGUCGUAUAAGCCCAUUUGUGUGUAGAAUGCACGUGCCUAACUUUCGUCAAUUCUCAAUUUCCAAUCACUAGUUUAUCUGUUUGCUGUUUCGGCGAUCUGAAUAAUCAGAGGCGAACUUUUGUACACUUCGCAAUUUCAGAAAAAAAAACAUUCACAAGCAUGAUGAUAUGAUUUAUUUAUAACUUUAUGGUUUACCAAUUUAUUUGGUCAGCUCUCCUAGGUCUGAUAUUCUUUAAUCACAUUUCCGAGAAUUCUGUUUUGUUUUUCAACGGUUACACGGAGGAGUUGUUCGAAAUAGUUGUUGACCCGUAAAUACAAUUGGCUAUUAAUAGGUAUUUAUAGAGGCUAUUCGUCUUUUCCUAGACUUGCAACUUUCCAGCCGUUCAAGUCUGCGCCAGUCGGUUAACAGAGGCUCAUUUCUUUUCAAAAUUCCAAAAAUGAAAUGCAUUCAGAUAACCAUAAAGUUUACUUUCCUUAUUGCGCUUUAGUUAAAUGUGAAAUGAUACGAUUUGUUUGUCAGAUCUAUUUUUCAUGUGAUAUACGCACAACAACAGAGCCGAUUCUAGGGAAAUGAAUGAAAUGAAUGUGUACGCACAUUAUUGCUCAGGGAGUUAAAAUAUUAUAGUAUGAGUAGAGUCGGUUUGCAAGGGGUUUUGAAAAAUAUUUGUCGUUGAACGUCAAUGCAUUGUGUUUUAUGCGAUGAACUUUAGUUGUCAUACGUGCAACAAAUAUAUCUAAUUUGAAAAAAUGCCAGUACCUUGCGAAAAUCUAGACAUUUAAAAUUUUAAAGUACGAAAAUGCAGUAAAUACCUAUUCAAUCAAGACUACGCGCACACAAGUCUACUGGCUUUUCGUAGCAAACAAACUGUCGUUAGAUUGCAGUACGUGACAUGUUUGCACCGUUUCCGUAAGUUAAAAUAUCACUUCUGUAACCAAGCUGAAUUUUAUGAAGAUAACCAACUUGAGAUAAUACGAGAGGCUCAUCCUUCUGCUCUGAUUUCGAGUUCCAUAUUCCAAUAGUAAAUGGAUUAUUGGAGGGUUGCAAUCCGUUAGACACAGUUAGGCCUAUAUUUUCUCGAGUCAGGAUUAUGAUACAUCCCCAACUAUAAAUACGGAACCCUACUGAAAUCCAAUUCUUUGCCAGACGGAACUUGCCUCGCGCAGCGAACGAGCACAAAAGAAGCUUUUUAGUAAAAGUGAGUGUAAAAAAAUAGUUGGGUUUCUGUUUUGCGCGGCUCCGGUGGUGAGCUCGCCUGCAAGCUAUUGUGCCGGCCAGUCUGACCUGAUCCUUCUGAUCUGUUUAGAUGGACAAAAAUGUUGAGGAAUCGCCCACUGAGAACCUAAGCAAGCACUGGCUGCACAUUGAUCGCCUCCAACAAUAUGCACAUUUCGUGAACGGUUCAUACGGUUGGCUCUACUAUUGCUUGGACAGUGGUUUUAACUGCACAUCCCUCAACCGCCUCUGCAGCAAAUUGUCGUCCAAGUAAGUUGAACCCGCCGAAUUAAUGCCAUCCAAGCGCUUUCGAUCGCCUAGAUCACCCCCAGUCCAAACACUUCCAAACAUAUAAAUGUAAUCAAUCUUUCGGAACCUCAUUUUUAGAAAAACAACAACCUGACUCGUUAUUCAUGUCGUUUUAAUAGGAGAUGGAGUAUGUUCAUAUAUGAUAUUACAGACGAUAAAAGUUGAAAAACUGAAAGCUGAGCUCAGUUCUAGAAGUCGUUGUAACUAUGCACGGACUCUAGGCAGUUAUUUUCACAAAUUUUCCCUCUUGAGACGCGUGUGUCAGGCAGUACACGGCUGUCACUAAAAGACAACUGAACUAUGUAGUUUGUUCAAGUGUUCCUUGGUAGCCUACUCUAGUUGAAAGUGAUUGCAUUUUUCGGCGGAAUACUGCCAACGUGUCAUUACCGAGAGUUGCCACUCUCCGUAAUGAGCCUCAAUGUUGCGAAUACGUAGACUACGUACUACACAGAAUUCAGAUGAAUAGCAUUAAUGAUAUUCUCAACAUCCAUCAGGGAUUUUGGGAACAAACAAAAUUAGGCCUGAUUAAGUGCCACAACUACACAAAAUCACUGAAAGUCGCUGCCUCUUCUGCGCACGAAUGUCUUUUCGUUCCAGGAAUAAGAAGACAGUGGACAAACAACGUAACCUAGAGGAGGGCAUCGAAGGCCCCGGGGGUUGUUUGUGCGCGGGCAGGAACGCAUAUCUGGCGGCUUUCUUGGAGAUGACUGGCCUAGAACCACACAAUAUCCUCAUCUUCGAAAUCGCUAACACCGUCAGUUCUGGUAUUAUUUUUGCUUCUUGCUGUCGUAGUAUUAAUUUCUCGCCCAGCAUGCAAAAGCGUAUAUCAACUACUGAUACAAGAAAUUUCCGGCAAAGUUUAAGUGAACAAGCUGAUUUCGGAGGAAUAUCGCUUAGCGGAUAUAAUACCGAGCCGCAACCCGGUGGUUACACAUUUGAAUUACUGGGCUACAGGGGCCGUAAUUAUGUUUUCCUUUGUUUGAUCGGAAAUGACCGACUGUCAGUGUAAACCGGUCCAUAAAUUAGAGUUCCAGUCUUUUUCUCGACCCUAGAGUAUUUGCGUUCGAAAACUUAUCCGCGUUCUGCGAUGCACCAGUCAUUAGAGUGAUGUUCUUCGCAACGUAUAUUAAUAACCCAAAUGACUGUCCCAAAGCCAUGCAUAUGGUAUUUUUUAAAAGAUGAUGAGAUAAUAGGGUUCUUUCGACCGGAAUUCGUUCUAGUGGGGUCCACCUCUAAAAUGCAAUUCGUGGAAAUAUACUAAUUCACAUCUAACGAGCCUCCGUUUUCGUUUUUUGGUGUUGUCUUUCCUUUAUUGAACUUACUGACACUCGAGUUCUGUUUAUCAUAUUUUAUGAUGGAGAGCAUAAACCAAACUCCUUAUAGCUAGUACUGUAGCGAAAUAAGUUAAUCUUGCCACCUACGGUCAUUGCAUUUAGGUUUUUUAUUUUGUUUGACUAGCACCAGGAGCUAAAAUGGCGGUUGACGCUGACAGGUUAAUUGGUUAAGACCUGUACACAAAAAUGUAGGCCUUAUGUAAACUCCCAUAUCUGAAAUCACACCACUUUUCAAUAGAUAUUUAAAUGUAAACUUUGCCAAAGAAUUAUUUUCAAAGAUUAUUCUUUUUGCGCUUUCGUAUUGACUUAGUGUUUUUUGGAGUUUACAAAAUUACAGCCAUUUCCGACUUUUUUGGAUUUUCCGCCUUUCUAAAAAACUUGAUAUUUUUAAACAACGUAACAGUAUCUUUAACCUUUAUUUUAUGCCAGUAACUCCCCUAAAGUUGCUAUUUAUUAACAUAGAUACUGCGUCCACACAUUGGUGUCGGUCUGCGAGUGAUUAGCGGUCAUUCGCAGAUUUCGGCACAUUCUAUCUGCUAGGUUACCCACUGAAUGGGCAGGUAUCACAGACAACGGCUAAUGCGGGUGCGGCGCUGGAGACUUUUGCCUUCACAUGCAAAGUUGGAUUGUACAAUAAAACUGCAGUCCACAGGCAGAUGGCAUAUGCAAUGGGAAAAUUUUUUAUCGUCGUUUCAUUUCCGCCACUGCUGCGUGUCAUUUGUUAAAGUCAGAAUACAUGAGUGUCCUUCGUUAGACCGUGAAAGUAUGGCGUAGCCCUAUGUCGUAGGCUGAUGUUAUUCACAAUGAAAGGCGGGGACGUGAAAGUGUGGUGGAAGUUGAUUCUAGCACCGCAACCCAUCUCUCAUCUACCUGACCUUUCGACGUCAUCACGAUUGACCGUUGAUGUAUAUAUCAGUACGUCGGUGGAUGACGAGUGUGUAGGCUAACCACUUAAACCUCAAAGGACAGGCACUCCGUAGAGGACAGGUUGGUUGAAUGGCUCUAGUGUUCUGACCAAAAAUGUUCUCUGUUUCUGAAGUAUGUAAGUGUGUGUGUGUGUGUGUUCGUGUUCCCUACCGAUACACUACAUCUACUCAAAGUCCAAAAAAUUCUUGUCCCUGCCUCUGACUUCCUGGACAUCUCUUGUUUAAUUACAGUAGUGGUUCCAGCCGAACUAAGUAGUAUGUGUGUAAGAGAAAAGGGAGGGAAAUAAGCUUUAUUUUUUAAGCCUCAUUCCAAAGUAUUCAGCAAAAACAUCCUUCAUUCACGUGGCCAGAAUACAGAUUAAUAGAUGAUGGGUGAGUUGGUGGGCUUGCACAAAAUUGUACAGUCGUUAUGGAGACAGUUUGAAUGUCAAUUUCUGUACUUCGGUCUCUUUACACGUAAGGUAUCGCGCCAAAAAUGGUUAAAAAUAAACCCCGAUAUGCCGGAUAUGUCUCGUUUUGCUAGAAUAUUACUGGGCUAGAAAUCAGUGGGCUGAUUUCGAAGCCGAGAAUUGCGCAAACCUAAUCUUAAAAAAGUUUUCCAACGCCGGUACGUCGUCAAAACAUAAGCUAAAACAUGCCUAUCUUUUUUCAACCUCUCAUGCCAGGUGUUCAGCCUGAAAUCUCCAGAACCGAAAUUUUUUACUGGCUACUGUUAUGCGACUAACUUCGGCAAACCUGGUGUUGUCUUUCUGAGGCUUCUGGGUGACCCUGACUACACUAACAGGGAGCCUAUUCACCAUAGGGACUCCUGGUCAAAAAACAUCAGAGAUCUCAUUUCAACAAAAGUGUUUUUUAACCAACCUGAAAACAAAAAUUACGAAUAGGCGUAUAUUUUUCGUCGAAAAAGUACAUCUUUGCCAUUUCUGGCCAUUUGAUUUUCCUUCUUCAUUUUUUCCACUUUUACAUAAAAGAUAUAAUGAUACUUAAUGCUCUCAAUUAACCACGUUCAUUCUAGAUCGUUUAGGCUACUUCAUACUCCACUUAUUCCCUUUAAAAAAUGGCAAGAGGUAGUUUAGAAAGCGUUCUCAAAUUAUCGGUAGUCAGUAACUUCCGUCUUAUGAGAAAAAUAGUGCAUUCCUUAGACAAAGUAAGUGUCAUGACUACGGGUGGCAGUACGCGGGCAAUCAAUAAUAGGGAAGCGUAAUCGACAAAGUCACCCUUAUUUGCCGUCACUUUACGCUUUUACCGCACCCCCGGAGCGAAAAGGCUAUAAGUUCAAAUCCGGACUCCUUUACCACCGAGCCAUAAACGUUUUCUAGACCGAAGGGACAAACGGAACUAUGCGCACGCUGUCCUGGAAUUAGGGCAGACUGAUCAACGACUUCCCUCCCGUACAGCAUUCGUGUGAUUCUGUAAGAGCUGUGUUUUGUCGAAUCAAUAAUACCACUACUGUUCGAUUUCUUCUCAUAAGCGUCGAAGGGAAACCGCAAAUCUCCGUACUGUCCAGUUUUUAGUAGGAUUAGCACGAAAUUACAAUUCCGGGGGCAAAACGUCUAGACUAAAAUAUAACGACCCCGCAGAAAUAAACUCCCCGACCAGAUGGUGUAUCCCGCAAACGCGGGAACGCCAGACAACACACAACCAUCAUUGUUCAAUGCUGUUUGUAGUGCGUGCGGAAAGGGUAACAGCAGAGUCUGCCCGUCAUAACACCGUCCCAUAGUGAUGUAUGCAUUCAUAAGCUGUGCAUUUCCUACUGGGCCCUGAAUAGUGCAAGUGUUAGAGCCUGUCCGUGUGAGCCCAUGCCAUUAUACAUAAAUUUCGUACCGUAUCAGCGGAAGCAACUUCGCAUUACUUUGUCGUGUAAGUUGCUAUUUUUUUCUUUUUCUGCGGCUUUAUAACGCACGCUGCCACCACUCGAAUAAGUAGACUGCUAACCAUCAACUGAACCACCGUAGUCCAAAGAAAUGAACACGAUGAAGAUGCCAUCUAGGGCGAUAACCAAAAUUCAGACGUUUACUGGGGCUGGUCAUACUUCAAUCCUGUCGACAAAACUGUCCGAACUGGUCAACUACUCUUUCUCUCUCCCUCUCUUAUGGGGCGUAGAUGCGUUUCUGCCUUCACUUACUUCUAUACCAAUGCAAUUUUGGGCUUAUUUUUCCUUGCUGUUUUGUUUUCCAGUUCUAUGACGUCGCCUUGAUGCUCGUACUCGACGACAAGACGCGCUCCAUUGUUAUUAUUGUCCGAGGCACCUUGUCGGGUGACGAUACGCUGACUGAUCUACUCGCAGUUGGAGAACCCCUGAGAGAGGAGGAUGAGAGGCUGCCGGAAGCAGAACGCUACAUGGGACAUGGCGGUAUGGUACGAGUUGCUCGAAACGUCGUCCGAAAGAUCAUUUCGGAACAGUGGGUGGAGAAGGCGCGGGAGCUGCGGCCUGACUACCCGGUGGUGCUGUGUGGGCAUAGUCUUGGUGCCGGUCUCGUGUCGCUCAUGUCGGUGCUCCUCAAACCGGUCUAUCCCGAGCUCAAGGCCUACGCAUUUAGCCCGCCUGGAGGCCUGAUGAAGUGAGUGAGCGCACGUUGCAAUUUCUUUAUUCCAUGAAAUAUUCCCCACCUUUGGGAGUACCAGCUUUUGCGUUUGGCGGCUGAUACUGCCUGCUAGAAUACCGUAACAAAAAGAAUGUGAAAUUUGUCCCGUGUUUCAUCCUUGUCUCAACGUAGAUUGCGUCUUCUGGAUUCUCGUAAAUGAAAGUAACUAGUAAGUUUGGCGUUGAGAGCUUGUACCACCCUGAACUGCGAAAACGCAAUCGCAGUUGUCGCCCAAAUCAGAUUUAUUGUCUGUUUUUGUCCAUCCCGAAGUUAGCGAAUUAUAGGAGUAGAAGACAGAUAGCGUAGCAGAAGCUGUGACCGCCGCCAUGUCUGUGAGUAUGGUAAAGCAAUGCAUACACACAAAAUACUUUCCCUACUGAAGUCUGCGUAAGCUGGGGCCUCAGAUGUAGACGGCGACAUUAACUGGGUGCCUCCUGACCGAUACACGGUUGGGGCUGUAAAACAUUCAAGAGUAAAGUAUUGUCGUAUGGAGCGGGAAAGUGGAGAGAAAGUGGUCUCAGGGAGGACGCGGGAUGCAUCGGUGUGUUUUAGCAAACAUUUCUCCACACUAGACCUGUUUGUGCGGACGAACAACAGGUAAACACGGCUACAUCUCAAUAAAUAAAACACCGAUGUUGAAACAGACCACGUGAUUAGGAGAAAUUACGCACACGUUCAGGCUAAAGUAAGCUUGCCUUGUGAGUCAGGGAAGGGGCAGUAUCAGUUAGUUUGGUCAGCAGCAGCAGCAGCAGCAGCAGCAGCAGCAGCAGCAGCAGCAGCAGCAGCAGCAGCAGCAGCAGCAGCAGCAGCAACAGCAGCAGCAGAAACGAGACAUGCGACCGCCGCCAAUGCGAGUCCCAUGGCACCUCGAAAAAACUUGGAUUCACCUGGACUAAUCUUGAUACUGUAGAGUGCAACUGCUGCACUGUACAAAGGACAUGAAUUAGGUAGGGAUAAAGAGACAAACAGCAACCAGCGAAGCGGCCACAAGCGCAGUCCUGUAAGGACCCUAAACCCUCGUUUUAAGAAGCUCUGCAGCGAAUCGGAAGACAGGACUGCUAACCUGAACUACAUUCGGCGGGUAAUUAGAGAGAGUUGUUGCCGGAGAAACUUUGCAAACUGGUGCAUGCAGAAACGAGACAUGCGACCACACCACACUGGCCCCCAGAUUUUGGAGAGUGCUCUCGUGCGACAAGAAUGUCUCGGCAGACGUCAGCCGCCUUCUGACACCCCUUGUAGUUGGGAUUGCGCAUAGACAAAAGACAUUUGUCAGGCGUCAAGCAAUGAGACCGAAAGACACGCUGCCCCGGCAGCAAAUGUUUGGAGUCGUUUACCAGAUCUAGUAUAAUUGCGAGCAAAGCAACCAUAUCCGAGAAACGGGGGAAUUACUCCGGACGCGAAUGAACGAAUAUGCAGCAGCAGCAGCAGGAUGGUGCGGCAAUCAUGGCGUUCAGAGAAAGGGCAGCUCAGAUUCCGGCCUACUGCUGGAGAGAGAGACGAUAAAUCCACAUCGCUGCGUAGCAGACGUUUACUUUCCGCCUGAACUCCUAUCUGUAUACCAACUGACGCGGUAAAAACGUUUUGUUUAUUGGAAACCUCGGAAUUUGGCAACUACCUGACACAUAAGUGUCUUCCAUUCAGUUGCUGAGAGUUGGGGGACUUUAGUCCAAAUACAGAUAUCACCACUAUCCGAAGAAACGGAUGGCGGGUUCUCUCUACUAUGCAAGAGUGUUAAGUUCGGCAAGGGUGUGGCUUAUGGCCGGGGUCACUUACUCCGGGGAACAAUCCUGCUAAAACAAAAUGACUGGCGAUAUUUAUUUGUACUUGCCAGAAAAAGAAAAAAUACCACGCGGUGGCUGUUGCGUAAGGGUGGUUAAGAAGCUUUAAGAUGGUCGUCGAAGUAAACAUACGACUGUGCGAUACCUUUUCGACAGUGACUGCAAAGAGCCAUUAAACUCAUUUUCUAUUAUUAUUAAAUGAUAAAAAGGUGUCCCCUUCUAAUUGGUGACAGUAUAGAGAAUCAAUAUUUGUGAUACCGCAAAGUUCUUAGACGUUCAACCCUUUUGCUCGACACAAAUGCUCUCCUGAGUAAGUAAGCCCGGCCAUAAACCAUCCCCUUGCCUUCAUUUCUUGGCGUACAUCAGAGAUUGUGCACACGUAAACACGUUUCCCCAAAAGUUACGUUAAGCUGUAGUACUAAGCGCGUAGUGCGUUUUGUUGGUGAUGUUAGUAGUGCGCCCAUUCGGCUGUUUUUGAAAUAGGCUAUAAUAGACACCCAAUGACUUACUUCAGAGAGAGAACCUGCUGAGCAUUGCUUGCGCAAUUCUCAGUUGUUUGUACAAACCAGCCAAGAUCCUCAGUACGGUCGCUUGCAUGCUUAAGAAGCGUGAUCCACCUCGAAUAUCAGCAUGGUGGGGAGGCCUCCUUGUGUCCUAACAAAUCGCUGUCUAUCGAAGCCCUCACAGAUUCCACUUUGUUUUAGUGAACGGCUCUCGGAGUCGACUCGAGACUUUCUAUGCUCCGUCAUCUACGGUUACGACGUGGUUGGUCGACUGGGCGCCGCAACGGUGGAGGACCUUCGAGCACGUCUUUUCCAUGCCCUCUGCGUCUGUAAUGUGCCGAAAUUUAAACUGCUUGGCAGUCGUCUGAGCAUCUGCAUCCUGAAUAUGCUCAUGCCCUGCUUCAAACGCACCACUCUUGGCAAAACGGACAUCUAUUUAACAGAAGACAUGAAGAAGAAAUUGCUGGAACCUGACCUGGACGACGUUUACUCGAAUCCUGAUGGUAGCUUCCUCGCGCCCUACAAGGACGAAAUCUAUGAAGGUAGGCGUCCAAUGAGGUGCCUUUUUGUGUUUUUUCCACUAACCUCAACAGCCUUUUUGUCUAAUGGUACAAAGUUAAGACUUGCUAUUCGAGACACACACACACGACAGUUCGACCAUCGAUUUCGAUGAUGUCCACCGUAUGCCCCACAGACUGCAUUGUGGGAGCAGGGACGGUGACUUACGCAGGGGUUUAUAGUGCCAGUAGACUGGCGUAGCAUCUACCUACACUCUCUCCUCCUCCCCCGCCUGAGCCCGGUGUCAAGGCCAAGUCAAGAAGACCGGAGACGGGGGAGGCCGCAGGUGGAUAGCUCGGACGGAUCCUCGCCUUGGCGCUCCACUCCGCACCCUCUGGUCCACACACAAAUGACCAGGAUUUUGACCACAAAACAAUGGGGUGGCGGCAGUGGUCCACUUGAAUGACGAAUGCCGACAACAGGGUCCGCCAGCGCACCCCGCAAAUGUUGGCAUUUGUUAUUGCGCACAGAUAACGCCUGCCAGUACACGAUGUGGCCCCCGUGUUGGUCCAGCGCAUCUAACACGUGACCCGUUUAGAGGGCCACACACUUUACUUCGAGGCCCAGAAGACAUACCGGUGAAGACAAAUCUCAUAUCUCCUUAAGUAGACUGUAACAUUAGGAGAGAGUUUGCUAAUAAAAUACCUUGCACAGCAGGCUGAAAGUAAGAGCGUUAGAGAUGACUAUUUUGACCCCCAAAUAUGUGAAUAUAAACAUAGGUACUGUGACACUGGCAAGCAGAGGUUCCAGAAAGUGCACAUGAAUUUCGAUUUUUUCAUAGGCAUAUUUGGACCAGACUAGUAAUCAUAACAUGUGUUUAUACUUACAGGAGUCUCAAAAGUCGACAGGUUAUUGCCCUCUGUACGAUCCCUAUUGAGUUGGAAGAAGCCUACGACAGGUCCUUUUCUUCGACUCCCCCGACCCUACCCACGAAGGCUAUACCCUGAGGAACUGGAGAAGCCCGACGAAACCAACUCCACGUCCAUGGAUCAUCUGAUAAGGACCCUGCCAAAGCCUCGAUCAGGCGCACGUAUUCUGCACAUUCUCGAAGUUGAAGGCGAAUUUCAGGGGUGUCGGAGUAUUCCAACGAAGUAUGUCUAUCAAAGAUUGCAUGCUAUCUGUUAUUCUUCGCUAUUUUCGAAAUUCUUGUAAGUUUCUACUGAAGACAGAUUGUCAACCGUUGCAGACGCUGCUUGUAAAGAGGACGAGAUACUCGUCCGCCUGCAAGUAAACCCAGCCAGGCAGAAGUUGAGUUGUCUCUGUGCACACUUCCUCACACAUAAUAGUCACUUAUGACCAGGAGUAUAAUAUCCAUUUCUUAUGUCAGGGAACUUAUACACAGCAACGCGGUUGUAAGCAUUUGAGAUUAUCUCAGCGAAAAGGAUGUUCUAGAAAGUUGGAAAGCUUGCAGCUGGAUGUCCAAACUGUUGCCAGUCUUCUACAUUGAGGAGAUGAGGAGGUGGGUACACAUCGGGUUUGGGUACAUUGAAGCGUUCCUUACUUCUGGAGUUGGAGGUUACUGUAAAGGCUGACAGUAUUUUAGUGCUCAAAAGCAAUAAUAAAUUUGUUGUAAUGUAGAUGUGAAAGAUAAGUGAGCACAGUAUAAACAAUGACAUAUAAAAAUCGUAAUUUAAUAAAAGUUUCGACUAACAAUGCUGCUGUUUGUGGGGUGGAUUGUCUAGACAUAGAUACAGAGAAAAUAGCAUGUUAAAAUUGCGGAAAGCAGUUCACACUGUUUAUAAGGUAAGGUAAUUCAAGGAAAGGUCAAGGUCAAGGUACCUACACAGCCCACAACCCUGCAGUCCAUAACCUGCUUGGAAUCGUUGUUUUUGCUUAACCCUCGGUAAUACUCCUUGCAGGUGCUGCAGCAGAGCGGCUUUCACUGAUAUGGCCUAUGCAGGAUACACACAAUGUGGGGUAGUCUGGCGAAGGAAGCGUCCUUCCUAAUGCCUUCUUUACUUUCACAAGUGACUUUCCGGGAAGCACAGUCAUCGCGGUCUUACACCGUUUCUUGUGAUCAUGGGCUUUCCCCACACAUAUCGACCACCCAGCAAGUUGGGCAUUCACAAAUCUUCUGGCGACACAUGACUUGUCAAUAAUAAACCAAAACCUUCAUUUUUAACGAGUCUCAAGUUUUCCUAUGUCAAUGCGAGCAAUACAAAUAGUCACCGCCUUAACCUACUGGUUUACGCCUAUAAUACACGGUCUGUGGCCUCUUCUGACACGGUGUACGCUAUUGCAGCCCUAACAAACAAGUAUCUGGCACUUUGCAUUCACAAGGUGCCAGCACAGCUGGUUGGCUCCCUCCCACCAGCAUCGAAAUUACACCCUUCAAAAAUUUCCGCUUUCCGAAGAGCUUGGAGUUUUUUUGAAAGACUAAGGACAUGAUUUUCCCCAGUCAUUUAAAAGCUUCUGCGUCCCUCCCCGGCACAUUCUCCUCCGAGGACGAGGAGUGAUUUCCUGGGCAUUAACGAGCCUUCCAUUUUCUCGUAUCCACCAUGAGAGGGAGAGCUUUGUAGAUGUGAUAAGUGACCAGUCGGGGAAGUCUUAUUUCUGCAAGUGGUUGCAUUUGGAUUGGAGGUAAGUGUCCAGCUGCAAGGGAUUGGGUCUCCUCCGAUGGCCUCUGUGAAGAUUUUACUUGGCCGAGCUCCCAAACGGGUGAUACAAUUCCUUCUUACAAUCGUCGUAAUCUGUGUGAAUUAAGUUCUGUUUUUAAAACCCUCAUCUGAAUCACGCUGAUCACAUGUCUAACAAAUGCUGCCUCAAUCUCUACUGAGCUGCUGAUUUAACUUUAGACGACUCCAGCUAAGGUCUCCAUUGAGCAUUCAUAAAUCUCGUCAAUCACUCACUGAAGGACGUCCAGUUCCUGCCAGAAUUUAUUAGCUGCAGGAAGUUUGGAGGUAGCACCUUCACCGAAAACGGUAAUUGAACGUAUAUCUUCUUUUGCUGCAGAUCCUCCUACGUACCUCCACCAAUCGCCUAUUGGGCCGAUCCCCGUGGAUUUAUGACGAUUCUAGUGCACCCCAAGAUGCUUAAAAACCACUCGCCAACCUUUGUAACAACUGCUAUUGACCGCCUUCAUGCUGCGAUUAAGUGGCCGGAAAAAGUCUUUCCGAAGUUUCCCCUGGCUACUUAUCGUCAGGAGGCGAAGCCGCUUUUAAAUUUCAAGCGACCCAAAGAAUUGCAGACCGAAAAGUACUGCAGGAUUCGAAAACCAAAAUUAUCUACCUCCUGA